CACUUCCUUUCCAUUUCGAUAAUUGGUCUGACUGAGGGAUUCCUGCCAGUGAGCAGGAGCUCGAUCUAGAGCUGCAAUGGCGGAUGCGGCGGUGGAAUUCCUGCUAGAGAACCUCCAGAAACUGGUGGUCGAACAGACCCAGUUAAUCAAAGGCGCCAGAGGUGAAAUCAAGAAGCUGCAGGAUGAUCUCGGCAUCUUCAGAAGCUUCCUCGUCGAUUCGAGCAAAAAAAGGCGCAGGGACAACAACUACAAGGAAGAGCUCGUCCGCCGGAUUCGUGAUGUGGUUUACGAUGCUGAGGAUAUAAUCGACACCUUCGUGACCCAGGCUGCCGACACCAGGUCCAAAUAUAACAUAGCUAAAUACUGGAAGAAGCCGAUGAAUCUCAGCGACAUCGCAAAAAAAGUCGCGUCCAUCAGCGGCGAGGUCCAGACAGUUCACAACAUGAUCAAGGUUGAACUCCAGACCAACAGAGACGAAGGUCCUGAAGUGCGAGAGGGUCCCCUGGUUAGAAGGGAGAAUGUGGUUGGUUUUGAGGAUGCAGCUUCUGAAAUAAAAGGGUAUCUCACAGAAGAAACUGAUCGGCUUAAUAUCAUCACAAUCAUUGGCAUGCCUGGCCUUGGGAAGACAACACUGGCUGGCAAGAUUUUCCGUGAUGAAACUCUUGCAUAUGAGUUCCCCACCCGCAUAUGGGUUUAUGUAUCACAGGAGUUCUCAGUGAAGAGUGUACAUCUGGCCAUUCUGAGAGAGUUUACCAGAGUAACUGAUGAGGAGGCGUCCAAGCUAGAUAAUGUUAAAUUGGCAGAAUUGGUUUUCAACCAUCUGAAGACUGGAAAAUUCUUGAUUGUAAUGGACGAUGUGUGGACAGCUGAAAAUUGGGAUAAAAUCAAGGUUGCUUUACCAAUGAGCAAUAAUGCAGGUAAAGUCUUGAUUACUAGUCGCCACGAAGAUGUUGCUCUGCGUGCUAAUAAAAAUAGAGUCCACCGGUUACGAUUCUUGACUUCAGAUGAGAGUUGGUUACUUCUACAGUAUGAAGCUUUUGGGGAGCCUGACCCUGAUUGCCCUCCAGGAUUGAGAGAGGUAGGAAUUCUAAUUUCCAGCAGCUGUGAUGGCCUGCCACUAGCAAUAGUGGUCAUAGGAGGCAUUCUCAGAAAAAUUAAAGUGCUAGAUGAUGAUAAAAUAGAUGCAUGGAGAAGAGUGUCACAGAAGGUAGAUGCAUACCUACAUGAUCAGGAUCCAGGGAAGAAUAUGGAAAAGAUUAUUGCGCUGAGUUAUGACAAAUUGCCUUACCACUUGAGAGCCUGCUUUCUGUAUCUGGGGUUGUUCCCAGAGGACUCCAAGAUCUCGGUGUGGAAACUAAUCCAGUUGUGGAUUGCAGAAGGGUUCAUACAACCAAAGGAAGGUAUCAGCCAGGAGGAGGAAGCUGGGAACUAUUUGGCUGAACUUAUUAACAGGAAUUUGGUGACGGUAGCUGAGAGGAAACCAGAUGGAAGAGUUAAAAUGUGUGGUAUCCAUGACAUGCUGCGGGUUUUCUGCAGAAGUGAAGCUAAAAAGGAGAACUUCCUGCAUCACAUGAAAUGGACUCCAGAAGGAUUUGAAAAUCCUUCAGUAGAGAAGAGUCGCCGCAUCUGCAUACAUUCUAAUGUCUCCAACUUUCUUUAUUUGAAACCUAUUGGUACUCGUGUUCGGUCUUUUGUUUGCUUCUCCAAAGAGGACACUCCCUUGCAAUCAGAACACACUUCAGCCAUCCCAGCAGCAUUUAAACUGCUUAGAGUUUUGGAUGUCAAGCCCAUCAAAUUCGAAAGGAUCCCAAAAGACAUGUAUGACCUGAUGCAUUUGCGGUACAUAAAUAUUGCUGUCACCAAUUUAACAUCUCUGCCUCCAAAAUUUGAAAACUUCUGGAACAUGGAAACUCUUAUACUUGAUACACCAUCUCGUACUCUCGAAAUCAAAGCAGAUAUUUGGAAGAUGAGCAAGAUGAGGCAUCUGAAGACAAAUGCAUCAGCUAUUUUACCCAAUCCCGAAGGGAGUAAUAAAGAAGGCAAGAAGCUUCAUACACUUGAUAAUAUUUCGCCUCUAAGUUGCACUGGAAAAGUUUUUGACAAGGUUCCCAAUUUGAAGAAAUUGGGCAUUCGCGGGGAUCUCACCACACUCUUGGAUGCUAGAAAUGCUGCCUCAUUCAGUAAUUUGGUAAAGUUGGGCAGUCUUGAAAAGCUGAAGCUUCUGAAUGAUGUGUUUCCUAAGCCACCAUCAGAGGGAAAAUUGCAACGCCUUCCUUCAGCAAAUGAAUUCCCACCACAGCUCAAGAGCCUGACUUUGUCAGAUACAUUCCUCGAUUGGAGCUGUAUGUCUAUUCUUGGCUCACUGGAGAACCUCAAGGUGCUGAAGCUGAAAGAGAAAGCUGUCAAUGGCCAGUCGUGGACGCCAAAAAAAGGAGGUUUUUGCUGUCUUGAAUUCUUGCACAUUGGGCGCACAGAGUUGACUGUUUGGGAGGCUUCACACGUGCAUUUCCCCAAACUUAGAUGCCUUGAAUUGUAUAACUGUGAGAAACUUGUAGCCGUUCCACCUGAUCUGGCUAACAUUCCGGAUUUCCAAGAGCUAAAAUUGCACUGCAGCACUCUAGCAGCUGCCUCAGCCAUCAAAAUCCUUGAAAACCAGCAACAGAGGAGAGGAAAAAACACCAUAGAUGGUGAAUUCAAGCUCUCCAUCUUUCCUCCCUUCAAUGUAGCUUGACAGGCAUUUUGCAUAGCUAAUGGCUAGAGAAGAUGUUUGAACUAGGGGGAUUUCUCUCUUUGUGGACCUUGCUACAGGUGCGUUUGUGACCUGUUUGUUUUGUUUCAUGUGCUGCUGCAUGUGCUGUAUCAAUAUGUUGUAGUUGUUGUUGUUGUGGACUCCACUCCCUAGAGAUUAUUCCACUGCUCAAUAAUGUUGUCUGUUGGCUUGAUGCUGUCUUGGUUUGUAACCUCAUCUGUCUGUCUUGUUAAUUUAAUCAAAUUCUGCUGUUGUUAUUGUUGUUGUAAUGGAGAUGCAAUUGGUUUCUUCGCUUUUA